UUUUUCUAAGAUCGACCAAUUUCUGCAACACAACCUAGAUUAAAUAUUUGGUGUUGGUGAGGCUUCAAUUUUUCUAGUAAUCAAUUUUUGUUUCAACAUGCCGAAAUACUAUUGUGAUUACUGCGAUACAUAUUUAACGCAUGAUUCGCCGAGUGUUAGAAAAACUCAUUGUACAGGAAGAAAGCAUAAAGACAACGUAAAAUUUUAUUAUCAGAAAUGGAUGGAAGAACAAGCACAACAUCUUAUUGAUGCCACUACGGCGGCCUUUAAGGCAGGUAAAAUAGCACAGAAUCCAUUCACCGCAGGACCACCAAAACCAAACGUUGCAAUUCCGCCUCCUGCGUUGGGAAUGCCUGCACGACCAGGAAUGAUCCCUACAAUACCAACGGGAGCGCCACCACUAAUAAUGGGACCAAAUGGAGCCCCACUGGGACCAGCUAUGGGGCCCAUGGGGAUGCGACCGCCAAUGAUGAUGCCGAUGGGUAUGCCUCCUAUGGGAUUAGGGAUGCGUCCCCCUAUGAUGAAUGCACCUCCACCCCAGAUGAAUCAAAAGACGUAAUUUUCGCAAGGGCGAGUUUCAAAUGUAGUAUAUACUUUUUAUUCUUAACUCAAAAUAUAUGUCUUUUUAUUCCAAAAUAAUG